AUGUAUUCCAAAAGUUUGCCUUCAUCAGCGUUUGUUUCUGGUCGACUGAAAAUUCGGGACACAGCUCUAGAUUAUAAUAUUGAGAAAGGCAAGCGAGCUAAAAGUAAAACAACUUCAACAUUUCGUAUUGUGGAGUCCUGUAUGGUUUCAGGGGGACUACGCGUGGGUAAUAUGGUAUGGGCUAAACUAGCUGGUUGUCCGUAUUGGUCAUCCCGUUUUUAUGCUAUUUGGGCUCGCACUGCCUAUCAACUUUCUCAAGCCACACUACUCCCAACUUCGCAGUCAUUGGAAAACAAUGCAUCAUCUUUGGCUGUCCUUGCAACUCCCUCGGAUCCAAGUUAA